AUGUUACUUCCAAAAGAAAUAAGUCUAGGUUUGAGGGACCGAAACCCCAAACAUGAACUCGACACUUCAACAGCGAAUGACGACAACGGCUACAGUGUCCGCGCAAUCCGACGCCCUUGCUCUCCCAGUAGGGCAUUAGUUAAAUUUCGCCGACCGUCGAAUGUGGUUAGCAUUCGUGAGGGACAUGGUGAACUUGUUAGUCGAACCCGGCUGAAUCCAUUCCGGGUGAAUGCUGCCGCAAGUACAAAUAACUACUCCGGGACUUGCGAACAUCUUGCUGGUGCAAGCGCUGUCGAGCGAAAGCCUGGUAUACAGACACCAUUAGGCACCAAGGAUCAUCAGGAGAGUAUGUGCACCGUUUCAGAACCUUUCUCCCGAAAGCUUUACAGCGCACAGCUCCUUCCUCUCAUUGAUGUGGGGGCCCCGCUUACAGGAUUCUCUGACUAUAUUCGAUACUGUGACCCCUUCGAAAAUCUACGAUUGACUCCGAGUUCCAGAGCUUUCCACGUCUCCUUAUCCACCCAUCAUCCGCAUCACCACCAGCAUCAUCAUCAACAGAGUACAGAUACCCAUUCCUGCCAUUCAUUAUGUGCAUGUCAUACGUCUGCGAUGGCUGCAGCUGUGGCGGUUGGACCGCAGUAUUCCACAGCUGUUUAUUCCAGUUUGCACUACCCAGCCCAUGCACUCUCAGCAGUGCAUGCUAUUCAACCACCUCAGUAUCCUAUUACAUCUUCCACUGACGGUUUACCAGGUCCAUACUCAAUAUUAAACACAGACCAGCACUCAGCAAAUCAACCAAAGCGAAAACGAUCAUGGUCCCGUGCAGUAUUUUCAAAUUUACAACGAAAAGGACUUGAAAAACGGUUUGAAGUUCAGAAAUAUGUAACGAAACCAGACAGACGACAGCUGGCAGCAAUGCUAGGCCUUACUGAUGCACAGGUGAAAGUCUGGUUCCAGAAUAGACGGAUGAAAUGGCGCCACUCUCAGCAACAAAAAGACCAGAAACCAGGAGAUGAUAGAAACGAAAACAUGACAGAGGGUGGAAAAGAGAAAUCAGAUUUGGCAGACAGUUCUAAAGAAAUGGAUAACGAAUCAAAAGACUCGAGUGAUUCCUCAGACAACGAAGAAAUGGAUAUAGAAAAUGAUUUGGAAGCUCAGAGAGCAAUACCAAUCUCUGUAACAGUGACGAUGCCACAACUGAAGUGCGAGAAGAUUGAUUAAGCAACCAAGAUUUACUCUGUUUUCAGAGGCAAAAAACAAUACAAAUAAAAAGAUAAAGAAAAAGAAAAAAAGAUUUUAUAAUGUUGCAUACGUUAUAUUAAAAAAAGAAAGUGAACUCAUACAAUAAUUGA